AUGUCAAAUAGAGUCCUCACCGUAGUCAUCCUUGCUCAUGUGUGGCUUUUGAUGGCUACAACAUCAAUAGCCCAAAUUGUGAUUGACACGAGUGGCGACGCAGUUGAGGACGAUGAGGAAUACUUCAUCAGGCCUGCUAUCACAGGUAAUGGAGGAGGUUCAACAUUGAUCACCGGAAAUGCGCCAUGCCCUCUGCAAGUUGGUCUUGUCACCACUGACUUGGGACAUGGUUUGCCGGUUGUAUUCACACCUUUUGUCUCCCGUGAUGAUGAGGACGACAUUCUUCUUGACCGAGACUUGAGAGUAACAUUCGUAGCUUCCUCAACUUGCGCGCAGUCAACAUCAUGGAGAGUGGGUGAGAAAGAUGCUACGAGUGGAAGGAGGCUGAUUAUAACCGGAAGGGAUGACAGUACAGUUGGAUCAUAUGGUAACUUUUUUAGGAUUGUGCCAACACAAACUAGAGGCAUCUAUAACAUCCAAUGGUGCCCUGCAGAGGUAUGCCCCAGUUGUAAGUUUGAAUGUGGGACAGUUGGUGUUAUUCGUGAGAAUGGCAAGAUUCUGUUGGCCUUGGAUGGUGGUGCACUCCCUCUUGUUUUCCAGAAAGAAUGA